UUACCAUGUUGCAGCGGAAACAAAAUGGCGACAGAUGUAGUGGUUGUCAGUAAAUUGCCGCUAUGCUGAGGGUUUUCAUGUUCUUAUACUGCAUCUUAUUUGUGAAUGGAUUGACUUGCCCACCAUCAUGUGAACCCCCUGUAAAAGGGAGUGGCUGCAAGGCAUAUACUAAAAAUGCAGUGUGCAGCCAAGAUGUUAAGGAUAUCAGCACGUCUGAGGCUCAUUGUGGCUGCUUGUGGCAGACAUAUAUACAAACUGUAGAACCAGAAGCAAAAGUUAUCUUUACUGAUGAAGGGAACCAGUGUUAUACAUGGGCAGCAAAGCUUUGCUCAAUCCUUGAAAAGAGUGAGAAAUCUCUACUCUUACGAAAGAAAAAACCAGAACUUACUGUAUUUCGAGAAGCAGCAGAUUUAAAAGACAUUCUUAGACGAAUCCAACACCUGGAAUCAGUAAACAUUGUAGGGGGACAUAGGACAGAAAAAGCUAAACAUAGACGCAGAAAUGGUGUUGGUACACUUUCAAAAGAAACAGAAAGACUGUUGAACAAAGAAAAACAAGAUUUGAUAAAUUCACAUAAAGAUACAUUUAAACAAAAGGAAAAGGACAAGGAGUCAAAAGUAAUGGCUGUGAAAGGAAAACAUAUCAACUUUAAUAAAAUGCACAGAGACUUUAAGAAUGAGCACAAAAACAGAAAUGAAAUUGAAAGGGAGUUUAUUGGAAAACCUGGACAAAGUCGAAGUGCAUCGUGGGUUGAAAUAGUACCAGAGAGAGCCACUGUAAUACCCGCAGUCACUCCUGUUAUAACUGCUGCUUCAGUCGAGAAUAUAUAUAAGGUCAGACGACAUUGGAUUGAUUUAGAUAUGCCAGUAGAUCAGUUUAAGCUCGGUGUGUUCAUGAUCAUUUUACUGCUCAACUUACUUGUUGUUGUUGUCUUAAUUUUCUGCAGGGAUUCAGGCAGUGACAAAAAACAUACAGAGACAAAACCACAAGGUGACUUACAUGAAAGUGUAUAUUAUCCUGACUCACCAGAGGGGAAGCCAGGACAAGCAACUCAAAAGAAAACACAGUCCCCUAUAAGUAAAUUCAUUGAUUCCUUCAAAAAGAAGCAUGGCAGGAACAGAUCAAAUGCCUCAAAUAAGUAUUUACAAAUGAUGGAGGUAAAUCCAGAUGAUUUCACUUCAAAUAGAAAUGCAUACUCUAAAGUACAGAAAAAUUCACCUUUUAUUGAUGCAAGAAUGAGCGAGUCCCCUAGAAAGAUAUCACGUGGGUUAUAUGAGAACAUUGAUGAGGAACCAGAUAGUUUUCUGGAUCAUACAUAUGAGGAGCCACUUCCUGUAUUGUCCAGUCGGUCAGAUUCUAGAGAAUUUCACAAAAGGAAAUCUAGUCUAAGAUCAGACAGUGUGUCAGAGGAAGGUUCUUCACCAACCAAGUAUUUCCCAAGAGACCUCGGUGCCAGUGGUAAAACUGUAGCAUUCGCCUUACCCCCUGGUACUUAUCUUACGUUACAGGACAGAGUAGGUACAGAAAUUGAUGGUAGUACAAACAUCGAGCAGGAAACGUCGUAAAAAGGGACUCAUGAUGCCAUUCAGAAUGAGUUGCAAAUAGAUAUUGACUGUGAUAUACUCUUUAUAACUGUGAUAUACUCUACACAUGUGUACAAAUAGUAUCAGUGUUUGCUUGUAGAACAAUGCAGCAUGUCACUCUAAUUUGUCUUCCAGCAUUUAUUAAUUCAUCUCAUGUGAGUGCACCGUUCUCAAGGUUGAGCUAUUGUGAUCACAUUUUGUCUGAAGCAUUUCUUGCAUCAAGACACUUAUAUAUACUGAAUGCAUAUAAUAACUGAAGAAGUUUUCAUAUGUACGGACACUCCGUAUGGGUUUUAAUUUAUCCAACAUACAAAACUUUUUCGCCUAUUUGAAAAUAUAGUACUGCAACAAAUUGAAGUUUCAAAUGAGGUUGUAGAAAUUUAGCGGUGUGCCGUAACCAUGGAAACAGCUACGGAAGCUGGUACAUGCUGAAACUCAAACUUUCCAUUGUCAUAUUUCAAAAGGUAGUAGAGUAAGAAACUUGCUUUUAAUUCCUAUUUUCAUUAAGUUAUGACUACCUUUGUUUUCAGAAAUUAUAUUCUAAAUAUUUUACUUAAUUUCUUAA